AUGCUGCACGUCGUCCUCUUCAAGUUCGACGCGAAGAAGUUCGCGCAGGAGUUCCCGGGCGACUCGCUCCAAGAGGAGAUUAAAGCAAUGCGCCAGGCUGAGAUCCCCGGCCUCGUCGAGGUGAUCAUGAGUGCCAAGAACAUCAUCCCCUGGGCUGGCUACCAGGAUGCCUCGGGGGGCUACACACACGCAUUGGUGUCGCGUCACGUGAACGCGACUGCACUGCGCAUCUACGCCAAUCAUCCAGUGCACAAAGCACUGCAGGUGCGCUUCUUCAAGUGUCUCGCGGCGCCGCCUCUCCGCAUUGAGCUCGACAUUCACUCAAACCUGUAA